UGAUUUUCACUCUUGUGUCUGAAUGAUUAUCACUGCAGAUAAGGUAUCUUGCAGUAAUAACUUGGCUGCCAUUUGGUGAGUUUCUUAGAAACAGUUUAGUAUGAAAGUUGGGCGAACUUUGAGUCAUGCACUGCUAUUUGAUAAAGGCCUUGGACAUUCAAGUCCAGUAAGCCUGUAGAUAAGGUCAUCCCACAGCACAAAGAAAUGGGUAUCAUCUGCAGGACACAUCCUGCAUUCUAAGUACAAUAUGUAUUCCAAGACCAUCACUGCUUAAAGCAUUAUCUCAAUACCAAGUGGGAUUUCAGUCACUGCAGAAAGAAUAGCAGUCAUCCUGGAUCAUCACUUCUAUGAAUUAACUAUCCAUCUGUCUGGAAAAAUAUGACAUUUUCUCUCUCUCUCUCUCUGUCUCUCUCUCCCCGCUCCCCCAGGCUGCCUGUUUGACAGGAGACUCUGCUCCCAAAAGGAAGUCUGCGUGCAAGGUAACUGAGCUGGGCUUAGCUGGAGGAUGGAUAGUGGAAUGCUUACAAUCAUGGGAAACAAAAGCACCUCCUGUCUGUUUCUGGGCAGUGAUGUGAGCUGGCAUCCCCACUGGUGUAGUUCCAGGGUUGGUGAGUUGUGGAGCAGGUUCCAGUUUGGAAGUCUAUAGAAAAGCGUGGGCAGAAGGUAGAUUGGAAUCUCCUGUUAGACCUCUCAGUGCUCUUCAAUGGAUGAGCAUACAAACAAACAAACAAACAUAUUCUGACUCACAAAUGUAUGCCCACAGGCACAACUACGAAGUUUUCUGCCUGCCACCACUAAAUUACAUUGCUGGAAAAGAAUGCUUGGAGGAAACCAAGAGUGGAUUUUGCAUGGAAGGACGUUUGAGUUUGGUUUCAGUACUGUGCCAACACUCCAGAGGGAUGCUGCGCCUCAGUUCCUUGCAUGUAUGGCUUGUUUGGUCAGUGCCAACAAAGUUCACUGCGGGACCGACCCUACUUCCAGGUCACAGCACCUGUGCUGCAGCGUCUGCAGGAUGUUCUCCGGCACCUUAUGGCGCAAGGUCUAUCAUGGCAGGAUGACGUAACGCAAUACGUGAUCUCCCAGGAGAUGGAGCGCAUCCCUAGGCUUCACCUCCCUGCUCCAUGGGGGUCUGUGGCCGAGGAAAGGUUGCCACCAAUCCACCAGGCUCCGAGAAGAUCCGCUUUGCCCGCUGAGCCGGCCUUCCUCCAGGCAGCCCGCCAGCCUGCCCUCCCACCAGCCCUGCUGCAGCGGUACCUGGAACUCCUGCUGCCCUCUCAGCCUGAGCUGGGCUACAAGGAUGCCUUCCUGUCCUCUCACCCUCAUCAUCAGUUCUCCUACUCAGAUGUCCCCUUCCAGGAUCACAGCAACCCAGAGCCUCCCAUUCUCCUGGACAGAGCAGCUGCUUCCAAGACCCUGUUCGGUGCCAGCACAGCCCCGUCCUAUAGGGGGCAGCAGGGAGCAGAUGGAGGCCAACUUUUCCAAGACCUUGGCGCACUUUACUUGACUCAAGAGGAGGCAGGUAAAUCCAAAGCUCGGGUUCUGAACAAGCAAAAUUCCAAGACAGACAGUCCCCUUCAAGACUACGGUGAAAGCUCCGAAGAUGGAAGGAAGUCCUGGGCACACUUGGCUGAGCCAGACAGAGCUGUACAAAGACUCACAGCAGUGCUUGCCAGCUAUGGGAUUAGACCAGAGGACAUGAUCCGUCUCCUCCAGAGUCCAAGUGAACAUGGUGGUGGCUUUGGACCAGACACUCUGGACUCUAAGCGGGCCACAGAAGCUGAAAUGCAGCAUGGGGACGAGCCGGAGCCUCCGCCCUCCCAGGAGAGCGAUGCCAGCACGGCUCCCACAGAGGGGCAGAUACAGGCUGAGGGGGAGACGCUGGGCCCCCCCAAGGCCACGGCAGUGCUGACAACGGCCUCCCCACAGCAGCCCCAGCCUCUGCACCCUGCUGAGGGGGAUGCGGCCAGGCCCCCGGGGCAGGUGAUGGUGAAGAAGAGCUACACCGCCCCAGGAGGAACUGGCAAGGAGGCGGAGCGGCCAGAGACGGCACUGACUGCGGAGGAAUACGGCUACAUUGUCACUGACCAGAAGACAUUGGGCCUUGCUGCUGGCAUCCGGCUCCUGGAAAUCCUGGCUGAGUACAUGCACUUGUCCACUGCCAGCUUCAUCAACAUCAGCAUUGUGGGCCCAGCGCUCACGUUCCGUGUCCGUCAAAACCACCAAAACCUGACACUGGGCGAUGUAGCCAACAGGGCUGCACAGGUGAAACCGCAGCUGGAGACUGAGGUGGGAGUGAAGAUCCUUCAGAUGGGUGUUGGACAGCGCAACGAGGCUGCAACAUACCCGCACCCCACACACUUUGGGGACACCUUCCGCUCCGUGCUGCUCACCUUCGUCUUACUGGCCUGCGUGGCCGGCAUCGUCAUCACUGCCGCUGUGGUCUUCUGCCUGCGCCAGCAUGCGAGGCAACGCGAGAAGGAGCGGCUGGCUGGGCUGGGGCCUGAAGGGGCUGCAGACAGCACCUUUGAGUACCAGGAGCUCUGCCGGCAGCACAUGGCCGCCAAGUCGCUCUUCGGCCGGGCAGAGGCGCCCCCGCCCCCCGCCCCGGCAGAGAACUCCCGUGUCAGCAGCGUCUCCUCACAGUUCAGCGAUGCGCCCCAGGCCAGCCCCAGCUCCCACAGCAGCACGCCGUCCUGGUGCGAGGAGCCCGUGCAAUCCAACAUGGACAUCUCCACUGGGCACAUGAUUCUGGCCUACAUGGAGGACCAUCUGCGCAAUCGUGACAGGUUAGCCAAGGAGUGGCAAGCUCUGUGCGCUUACCAGGCUGAGCCCAAUACCUGCGAUGCUGCCCAGCACGAAGCCAACAUCAAAAAGACUCGGAGCCCGGAUUACGUGCCCUAUGACCAUGCGCGCAUCAAGCUGAAGGCAGAGAGCAACCCAUCCCGGAGCGACUUCAUCAAUGCCAGCCCGAUUAUUGACCAUGAUCCACGGAUGCCGGCAUACAUUGCCACACAGGGGCCGCUUUCCCACACCAUCGCUGACUUCUGGCAGAUGGUAUGGGAGAACGGCUGCACAGUCAUCGUGAUGCUGAGCCCGCUGGUGGAAGACGGGGUCAAGCAGUGUGACCGCUACUGGCCUGACGAGGGCUCCUCGCUUUACCACAUUUACGAGGUGAACCUGGUCUCAGAACACAUCUGGUGUGAGGAUUUCCUGGUGCGCAGCUUCUACCUGAAGAAUGUGCAGUCCCAGGAGACACGGACCUUGACACAGUUCCACUUCCUGAGCUGGCCAGCAGAGGGCAUCCCCACCACCGCACGGCCUCUUCUCGACUUCCGCAGGAAGGUGAACAAGUGCUAUCGGGGCCGUUCAUGCCCAGUCGUCGUACACUGCAGUGAUGGUGCAGGAAGGACCGGCACAUACAUCCUUAUCGACAUGGUUCUGAACCGGAUGGCCAAAGGUGUGAAGGAGAUUGAUAUUGCAGCCACCCUGGAGCAUGUGCGGGAUCAACGACCCGGCAUGGUGCAGACUAAGGACCAGUUUGAGUUUGCGCUGACAGCUGUGGCGGAGGAGGUGAACGCCAUCCUGAAGGCGCUGCCACAGUGAUACCGCACACAGCAUACCCAGCUUGGUGACUCCCCAGCGUGACCUUUGCCUCUGCUGCGCUGUGUCCUUGCCUCGGGGCGUCCUCCCUUCAUCGAGUCCCAAUUCCAUGUUACUGGCCAUGGCUGCAUUUACGCUACCUGUGGAGACACUACCCCUCACCCUUCUGCCCAACUGGGUCUCUUUCAUUGCUCAUCAAAUUCUCCUCAUGGCGGUGGGUCCUACCCUAACCAGGUUCCUCUGGAAUUAACUCUUGGUUGAUGUGAAGUGGCUCCUUUUCUACUUUUCACUCCCAGAAGCAAGUAAGCUUUUUAGUACAGGGGCCGACAGGAAUUAGAUCUCCAGAUGUUUGGGAAUUCAAUUCCCAGAAGCCCCAUCAUUGUCAAUAACCAGGAAUGCUGGGAGUCUAAGGGUACAAGGCCUAUCAAGGUCAUAGUUUGAUCUUGCAGUGGUAGUUGAUGGGCUUCUUUCUAUGCAGGUGGGGAGGAGAGGAAGAAUUAAUCCUAAUUUUCCCACUCCAAGGCUGGAGAGCUGACCCUGGAUACAGGAAUCUGAAGGGUCCUGUGCUCCUGCGACAAUGUCUAGGUGCUACAGGAUCGCUCUCUCCCACACACCUCCAAAAGAGCUGGAGAACUUUCUGUCCAUUCCUGGUGUACUGAACAUACACAGCAAUCCAGGGACUUCAAUUCAAGGUAGAGAAGAUGUGCCUUUUUAGACUCAUGGGAAAAUCCAUAGGCUUAGGAUUACCAGCCUUGUGUUUACAGCCAGUGUAGAUUGGUCUCCUUCUACAAAGGUGGAUGGUGUGGACUUUGGAUAGCUCAUGUUCUUUCCACCAGUACAGAAAGCUGCUUGGCCCCAGGGAAGUGGUCAGUCACAAGCUGCAAGACCAAUGCCACCCCCUGUAAUUACUUUUUGGGCUGCCCACCAGGCCACUUCAGGGAAAGGGAUAUUGUUUCUCCCCUACUUGCUGCCCCUGCAAACCUGCAGCCCUGGACCCAGCCCAGCUUCAGCAGUGCUGUCCCUCGUGCAAAGCUUGUGGGGGGCAGGAAGGGUGAUCCAUGGGGGAGAUGGCCCUAUAGCUGCUCCCCACUGUGUUGUCUCCCUGUUACUUACACCAAGAGACAUUUCUAGAGAAUCUAAUUUUGUAUUUGAUGUGAAUAAAGUUUCUGUGUCGCAUUUGUGCAGCUGCA